CGCGUGGUCAGUGUUAACCCGUGCAUAAAUAUAUACGAGGCCCAAAACCAGGGUUUUCACCUUAGCUUCUUUUUGUUGUUGCGCGUGUGAGAUCUAGAACUCUCUGACUACAACGCUUCUUCUUGUUUAGUUGGGCGGAAGUAGUUAGGGUUUCGAAGUUUUGACCUUCUUCGAUAAGGGACCAGGAUGUUUGGGAGGGCGCCGAAGAAGAGCGAUAACACCAGGUACUAUGAGAUCCUUGGAGUCUCCAAGAACGCUUCACAGGAUGAUCUCAAGAAGGCUUACAAGAAAGCCGCCAUCAAGAAUCACCCUGACAAAGGCGGUGAUCCCGAGAAGUUUAAAGAGCUUGCCCAGGCUUAUGAGGUUCUGAGUGAUCCUGAAAAGCGUGAGAUUUAUGAUCAGUAUGGUGAGGAUGCUCUCAAAGAAGGAAUGGGUGGCGGUGGUGGCGGCCACGACCCAUUUGAUAUCUUCCAGUCUUUCUUUGGUGGGAGUCCCUUUGGCGGCGGUGGUAGUAGCAGAGGGAGGAGGCAGAGAAGGGGAGAAGAUGUGGUUCACCCCCUCAAGGUCUCGCUUGAAGACCUAUACCUCGGAACAUCUAAAAAGCUCUCGCUCUCUCGCAAUGUACUUUGCUCAAAGUGCAAUGGCAAAGGGUCCAAGUCUGGGAAUUCUACAAAGUGCGCUGGUUGCCAAGGAACUGGUAUGAAGGUUUCUAUCAGGCACCUUGGUCCCUCUAUGAUUCAGCAAAUGCAGCAUCCUUGCAAUGAAUGUAAGGGUACUGGCGAAACCAUCAGUGACAGGGACCGUUGCCCACAGUGCAAAGGAGAGAAGGUUGUGCAGGAGAAGAAGGUUCUUGAGGUCCAUGUGGAGAAGGGUAUGCAGAACGGACAGAAGAUUACAUUCCCUGGUGAAGCUGAUGAAGCGCCAGAUACUAUCACUGGGGAUAUUGUAUUUGUCCUUCAGCAAAAGGAGCACCCCAAGUUCAAAAGGAAGGCAGAAGACCUUUUUGUAGAACACACUUUGUCCCUCACUGAGUCGCUAUGUGGCUUCCAAUUUGUGCUCACACACUUGGAUGGCAGGCAACUCCUUAUUAAAUCAAACCCUGGUGAAGUUGUCAAGCCUGACUCAUUCAAAGCGAUUAAUGAUGAGGGAAUGCCAAUAUACCAGAGGCCAUUCAUGAAGGGCAAGCUUUACAUCCACUUCACUGUUGAAUUCCCAGAGUCUUUGAACCCUGAUCAGGUUAAGGCUCUAGAAGCUGUUCUGCCAUCGAGGCCUUCCUCACAGUUAACAGACAUGGAGCUUGAUGAGUGUGAGGAGACCACACUACAUGAUGUCAACAUGGAGGAAGAGUCAAGGAGGAAGGCACAAGCUCAGCAGGAGGCAUAUGAAGAAGAUGAUGACAUGCCUGGUGGUGCACAGAGGGUACAGUGCGCCCAGCAGUAGAGAAUGUUCUGUUCUGUGGCAAAGGGGUAGAGUCAGAUAUGAUAAUGAUGAAGGAUUCUAUGACGAGUGUUGUUGACCUUAGUGUGUGGAGUAGAAGCAUAAAGCAGUGUUUGAUCAAUGAUCUGAAGUUUUUAACAGUGUACUUAUUGCCUUAUAUUAUUAUUAAGGGAUAAUUUCCUUUUCUUAAGGGAUACUUUCUAUUCUUGACAACAACGACUUUACUGAAUAUUCUUUAUCGAGUGAUUUUUCAUUUCUUC